UUACAUCAUCUGCCCCUCGCUGAAAGAACACCGGGAAAUUGCCUCAGCCGCCCCCGCACUUCGGACACCUCGUGAACACUCCAACACCGGGGAAGGCUCCUCUCUCUCAGAGGGCCUUCUCGCCCUCGAAGGGCUAUAUAACUUGGGCUCAGAGAGCCCGAAGCCGCCGACUGCAGAUGCCGAUUGCCGAUUAAUUAGUCGACCAUGCUCUUGUAUAUUCACUGUAUAUAAAAGUUCUCCUUCAGUACUCCCACUCCAGGCCUGUUUCCUCGGGGCCAUGGUAGCAGCGAGCCGCAGCCCCAACUCUUGGUUCCGCGCCUGAGGUCGCCACCCUCCCGAACGCAACAACUGGUUGGCAGCGACGGGAUCGACUCCACGCAGACCAUUGAUCACACUUGUGGGUGAGUGUCUGGCUUUUCCCUUUGAGUACUCACCAGGCUUUACCUUCUGGGUUAAAUAGUGUAAAGCGGGUGUUUUGUUUUGUGGCUAUCUGUGACGCAGCAUUUGUUGCACGUCAUAAUAGUAGUUUUGGGAUUUAGCCAGUGCUCGGAACGAUCAUGGACCUCAAUUCGCUGCGUAAGCCAGAAUUGAUACGUAUCUGCGAGGAGUUAGGUGUGGAUAUCAGGGGAUUAAAAAGAAAGCCGAUCAUUAUCAAGGCAAUUCUCGACUUUGGUACAGAUGAGGCCGAGUUAUCCGAGUGUUGGGAGGAAGUGCAGAGAAUAGACAAAGAGAAAAGGGAACUAGAGGAACAGGAGCGGAGCGACAGACUCAAGUCGCAAGAGGCAGAAUUGAAGCUCCAAGAGGCGGAAUUGAAACGCCAAGAGCAGGAGCUGGAGAUGAAGAGGCUUGAACUCGAGCUAGUAAAGUCAAGGGGUGAUCGGGAGGGCAGCCCGGCAUCCAGCACAGGAGAAGGCAAAUCAUUUAAGAUGAAGAACUUAAUGCAGCCUUUUAAAAUCGGAGAGGACGUUGGUUUGUUCCUGGUGAACUUUGAGCGCACUUGCGAAAAGGUCGGGUUCGCUAGGCAAACCUGGCCGCAGCGUCUCUUAACGCUUCUUCCUUGUCCGGCGGCAGACGUGGUAGCAAGGCUCACGAAAGACGAAGCGGAGGACUAUGAAAAGGUCAAAACAAGCCUCCUUAGAAAGUAUCGUCUUUCCGCUGAAGCCUUUCGGCAGCGUUUUCGUAGCGCCGAGAAGAAGCCGAACGAGUCAUUUCCGGAGUUUGCUUACAAUUUGAGAGCAAAUCUAGUGGAAUGGCUCAAAUUCGUAGACGCGCACGGGGACCACGAUAAAGUAGUGGAGUGCAUUUGCCUAGAGCAGUUCUUGCGUCGCAUCCCUGAGGAGACCCGCCUUUGGGUUCAGGAUAAGCCGGACGCAAGGGCUGUUCAGAGGGCCGCGGAGCUGGCGGAAGAGUUUGCGACUCGCCGGGCCUUAGACGAGAAAGGUCACCCGCGUAAAGAGAAAGCGUUCCCGCCUGGCAAAAGAGAUGACGGGAGGUGGCCAGGGGGUCGAUUUUCGAGAGACGGGCGGCCAAAGAGGGUCGAGGGCGAAAACCGGAAGGAACCAGCGCGAACGAAAGGAGAGGCCGGCGACGGCACCGAUGGCAGGGUGGAUCACGAGAAAAAGAAGUCAUUUGAGGCUCGCCGGCCCCUAACAUGCUAUAACUGCCAAAAGCCCGGUCAUGUCGCGGCCGGAUGCAGAGAGCCCAAGGUGGUCUUCGCCUACGUAAACGAUGGCGAAGAGAACCUCCGGUUACUAGAGCCAUAUUUGCGCGACCUAACGGUGAACGGCAGGCAGUGCCGAGUGCUUCGCGAUUCGGCCGCCACUAUGGAUGUGAUUCACCCCUCUUACGUAGACUCUACGAAGUACACGGGAGAGUGCGCGUGGAUUAAACAGGUGGUCGAAGAGCAUAGCGUGUGCCUGCCGGUCGCCAGGGUGCGCAUCGAGGGUCCUUUCGGCGCCCUUGAGACGGAGGCGGCCGUGUCGGCCAAUCUCCCGUUGGGGUAUCCGUACCUGUUUUCCAACAGGUCGGAGGAGCUGCUGCGGGAGAGAGGCCAAACGUUUUGUGAGGGCACCGUCCUGGCCUUAACUAGGGCUAAAGCCCGAGACUUGGCAGCAAAACUAGAGUACGGAAAUGAGGCAGACGUUCCCACCGGGAGAACCCCACUUUCGAACGCCUCGCGUUCGGCUGUCAGGGGUGACGUUGGCGCUGCCGAUCCAGAGAGGCGAAAAGAACAAGAAACACCGGUAGAGAAAACCUCGGAAGGGAAGGCUCAAAAGUGUCUCGACAUGGAGGGUUCCGAAGGCCUCUGUGUUACCCCCGAGUCGGGUGAAUUGCAGAAACUGCUGGGUGUCGAUCGCGAUUCUCUGAUCGCACAGCAGGAAGCAGACCCCACUAUUAAGGAUCUGAGGUCGAGAACGGAAGAAGGAGUCUCCCGACGGAAUGUAGCUUUCCAAAAAAGGAAAGGGGUGUGGUAUCGGAAGUAUAAAGACCGAAAGGGUAUUGAAUUUGAUCAGCUUGUGGUGCCUGCAAAGUACCGGCGCGAUCUCAUCCACCUAGCGCAUGGCAACUCUUGGUCAGGACACUUAGGAGUGAGAAAAACGAAAGAUCGCCUCCUCCAGGAGUUUUACUGGCCGGGGUGCUUCAAAGAGGUUGAGGAGGUCGUCCGGUCCUGCGACACGUGUCAACGAAUCGGAAAACCACAUGACAAGACCAAGGCACCGCUAAAGCUCGUGCCAAUAAUCACAGAACCCUUUCGCCGUUUGGUUAUCGACACGGUUGGCCCCCUCCCCGUUACACAGUCGGGAUACCGCCACAUCCUGACGAUUCUUUGCCCCGCGACAAAGUUUCCCGAAGCGAUCCCGCUAAAAGAGCUCAGCUCUGUGGAAGUGGUGAACGCGUUGCUUUCGGUGUUCGCACGCGUUGGAUUUCCCGCCGAAAUCCAAAGCGAUCAGGGUAGUGUGUUCACCAGUGCUCUGACCACUACGUUUUUGGAGAGAUGUGGUAUUAAGUUGAUUCAUAGCUCCGUCUACCACCCGCAAUCCAACAGCGUAGAAAAAUGGCAUUCGGUGAUGAAACGGGUGCUGCGAGCAUUGUGUUAUGAGCACAAGACUGACUGGGAGGCAUGCCUCCCAGCAACAAUGUUUGCUUUGAGAUCAGUGCCACACGAGGCAACUGGUUUUAGCCCCGCCGAGCUAGUAUACGGCCGAUCUUUGAGAUCUCCGCUCCAAAUGCUAAGAGAGUCAUGGGAGGGUCACGGGGAAGACCCCACUGUAGUGGAGUACGUGCUCGAGCUUCUUGAUCGCCUGAACCGCAGUCGAAGUAUUGCCGAAAGUAAUAUGAAGGACGCUCAGGUGAAGGCAAAGCGGUAUUACGACCAAACCGCUAAGCCGCGAACCUUUUCCGUCGGCGACAAGGUGAUGCUUUUAAGACCAUCGACGAAGAAUAAGCUCGAGGUGCAAUGGGAAGGACCCGUGGAAGUGUUGCAUAAACUUUCGGACGUGAACUACGUCGUGAGCACGCCCGGGAAACGUAAAAUCCAGAAAGUGUAUCACAGCAAUCUAAUGAAGCCGUACCGGCAACGUGAGACUGUGAUGAGUUUGACGGUAAACCACCCCGAGGAGGUCAGUCUUGAGUUUCCCGAGAUUAGUGAAACCCCGAUCGCGUGCUCGGUCGAACAGGUACUCGAGAAGGCUGUUGUGUCGGCUGAUUUGGAACCAAGGCAACUAGGUGAUCUGAAGGCACUCCUUGGGGAGUUUAUAGAUCAGUUCCAGAGUAAGCCAGGAAUAACCGAUCUUGUAGUUCACGACAUCGAGCUUACCACCGACCAGCCCGUGCGGUCAAAGCCCUACCGAGUCUCGCCUAGACAGAGGGAAAUCAUGGAGCGGGAGGUGAAGCGCAUGCUUGAUCUGGGGGUGAUUGAGGCAGGAGAGAGUGACUACACUUCUCCUUUGAUACUUGUGGAGGUACCGGGAAAAGAACCUCGCCCGUGCGUUGACUACCGGCGCCUCAACCUUAUCACCAAAGAUCAGACGUAUCCCAUCCCCAAUAUUGAAGAACGGGUGGAGAUGGUGAGCGCUGCCAAGUAUAUCUCCACGUUGGACCUUGUUCGAGGCUACUGGCAGGUCCCCCUUUCGGAGAGAGCGAGCCGGUAUGCCGCUUUUAUAUCCCCCUUUGGAACGUUCCGGCCUCGUGUCCUCAGUUUCGGCCUCAAAAAUGCACCGUUUUGUUUUUUCAAGCUUAAUGGAUCGGGUGCUCCGAGGUCUAGAGGAGUUUGCCGUUCCGUACUUGGACGACAUCGCCGUGUUUUCCGAGUCCUGGGACGAACAUCUUGCACAUCUUCGGGUUGUUUUCGAACGACUCCGAGACGCGGGCCUCACCGUAAAGGCGGAAAAGUGUCAAUUGGGAAGGGGAGAAGUAACGUACUUGGGACACGUGGUGGGUCGCGGUUGCCGCCGACCGUCCGAGGUAAAGCUUGCAGCCAUCGAGGAGUUUCCUCAACCGCUCACAAAAACAGACAUUAGGUCUUUCCUAGGCAUUGCAGGAUACUACCAACACUACAUCCCAAAUUAUUCGGAUGUUGCUAGCCCACUCACUGACGCCCUCCGAAAGACAGAGCCUCAAGAGGUUCGUUGGAAUGAUCGAAAAGAGCAGGCUUUUCGCGCUCUGCAGAAGGCUCUAAUGAGCAAACCAGUCCUGAGGGCGCCAGAUUAUGAGCGCACGUUUAUCAUUCAGUGCGACGCCAGCAACCGCGGUCUUGGGGUCGUACUAAGCCAGAAGGACGACUUAGGCGAGGAGCAUCCCAUCUUGUACGUCAGUCGAAAGCUGACAACUCGCGAAGAAGCCUACAGCGCUUCGGAAAAAGAGUGCGCUCGCUUGGUGUGGGCCGUGCAAAAGCUUGCGUGCUAUGUGGCAGGCUCGAGGUUCAUCAUCGAGACGGACCAUUGUCCCCUCCAAUGGUUGCAGAAUAUGUCGCCCAAAAAUGGCCGACUCCUUCGCUGGAGCCUAGCUUUGCAACAGUUUUCUUUUGAGGUCAGGUACAAAAAGGGUAAACUGCACACCAAAGCGGAUGGCUUGAGCCGACGCUCAUAAGUGAGUAGAGACAAGUCUUUACUGAGCGAGCUCAUGGAUGCCAAAAAUUUACUUUAUUUUGCUAAACAAUUGUACCCAAGCUGGGAUACUAUUGAUUUUGGUUUCGUGCCUUUUGUUGCUUUCUUGUGGGUGCCGAGCCCUGGUAGGGGUUUCGUUUUAUUUAUGAUUUUGCUAAGAGCGAUUUUCAUACCUUUUAGUGCCUGGUGUGUGUUCGAAGGGGUUUGCUAGAUGCGCAUUUGCAGUGCGGUCUUGGUUCAAUUUUAUUAUCCUCUCAAGAUUUUUCGCAAGCUGCCCCAAGCGCUUGGAGAUGAGCAGAGAGAAUGCCCGGCACUCAAGAAAAGCCGGAAACGGUGAUCCACCUCCUCAUCGGCACUACUGCGGUCCCUCAAAGGAGUGGCUGCUGACCUCUUCUCUUCGGGACCGACUUCCGGGCGGCGGAGGGACUGUUGCGACGGCCUUCACUGGGGGCUUUAAACUAAAAACAGAACGUCUUCCUGAAGCCACGAGACCAUCUGGAAUCGCGGGCCCUCGCAAGGAGAAACACCGGCGUACGUGUGCGUGCCUGUGUGUGUGUGGGUCUGUCGGUGUUGAGUUUCAGCAAGAACGUCGACUCCUUACAUCAGCCACUGGAGCGCGGCAAGAACGUCGAGGGGUUACAUCAUCUGCCCCUCGCUGAAAGAACACCGGGAAAUUGCCUCAGCCGCCCCCGCACUUCGGACACCUCGUGAACACUCCAACACCGGGGAAGGCUCCUCUCUCUCAGAGGGCCUUCUCGCCCUCGAAGGGCUAUAUAACUUGGGCUCAGAGAGCCCGAAGCCGCCGACUGCAGAUGCCGAUUGCCGAUUAAUUAGUCGACCAUGCUCUUGUAUAUUCACUGUAUAUAAAAGUUCUCCUUCAGUACUCC